AUGGAAGAACCGGCUGCAGAACCACCGGUCAGACCCUCUGGUCGUCCACGUGUGGAUCUGGAGGCCCAAAAACCCGAAAUCAUCGCGCUAUACGAGAAGAAAAUGUCGAGCGCGGACAUCUGCAAACACCUGAAAGCACAGCAUGACAUACAGAUCUCCGCACGAACAUUGACGAAACGCCUGCAGCGCUGGGGAGUGAAGGAAAAGAAGAAGGAAAACAACACAUCCAACCAAGAGCUCCAUGCACGUAUCAAGCACCUCUUCUUCGAGGUGGGUCUUUCGGACCAAGAGAUUGUCACGGUUCUGAACGAUGAAGGCUUCGAUGUUUCUCAGCGGACUUUGCGCAGGCUACGCCAUCAGCUUGGCAUACGGCUGCGUCUUGACUCGCCCGCACAGCAGCAAGCGCAGGUACAGGAGAUUCUCGACGCACUGACUGAGGAAAUGGACAAAGGCACUAUUGAGGGAUAUGGCAAGGAGCUCUUGCACAACCACUUCCGCAGCAAGGGCUAUGUUUUUGCUCGCGACCGACUUUACAAUGUCUACCGCAUGCUUCGUCCUGAGACCGUGGAGAGCCGCACGCGUGACUUUCAGCGACGUCCUCCCCCGCCUAAGAUCCUGGCCGGCCCUAAUCUGACCUGGCAUGUCAAUGGGUACACCAAGCUGGCUAAUUUUGGAUUCCGCAUUCACGCGGAGAUCGACUCGUAUUCUCGCUACGUUCUGUGGAUCAAUGUUGGUGUUGACGCUCACACGGCAGCGGGCGUUCUCAAGCACCAUCUUGAAACAGUCACCGCCAAAGGUCGCCAACCGCGUACUCUCCGAUCUGACCUGGAAUCCGAAGUUCCUCUUCUAGCCGAUGCUCACUUUGCGCUUCGUCGUGUCGGCGAUGUAGAUGUUCAGCGCGACCAAUGCUGUGCGCCGGGUCGAGCCAAUGAUACCCACCGCAUUGAAUCUUGGUGGGCUCAGCUUGCUAAAUCAGUAGUAACUCUUUACCAUAACUACUUCCGCCAACUCCACAGCGAAGGCCUCUUCUCAGCAUCAGUAGUACCCGAACAAGUGGCCCUCUUCGCCAUAUACAUGCCCAUUCUCAGAAGCCACAUCAAAUCAUACGUCCAAACAUGGAACAUCCACAACAUCCGCAAACAAGCGGACCAUCCCGAGCGCGCCCCUGGAAAACCCUACAUGAAUUACCACCACCCACCCAAGGGAGUAGAGAACUUCGGUCUCUCAGUCGAUGCCCCAACCGUCCAGGCCAUGCAGCAGACCUACUCGGGAUACGACACAGAUGAGUACAUGCCUCCAGACACGAUGCGCUGGUGCGAGGCACAGCUCUUCGACCUGGGCUUCGAUCCCAAUUCCCCGCCUGCGAGGCUGCCCGGCGAUCUCCAACCGUUCCGAUCUGUCUACCUGGCUCUGCGGGAGCGGGCUUGGCGACAUGAGCGGUCGGGCGCAGCGCCAAAGUUGGCUCUUUGUGUUGCCGGCCAAAGUCUGCACGGCUAUAUGGCGCAGUCUCAGUAG